AAUUAGUUUGUCCCUACUGGGAUAGAUGGCGCAGGCCACCAAAAUUUCGAAUGUAUGCAACCACCAAUCCAGAAUCAAAAAGUUUGACAGAAGGUGUCAGCUGUCAGUGGUGAAAAUGUGAAAGGUUGUUGUUCUCACAAAAAACUAGUUAUUUCGUUGAGUAUGUGACCGUUAAGAAAACAUUUUCGUGAAAAACAACCGAAUUUUCAAUAUAGCUAGGUGUAAAAUUGUCCUCGAUAAAAUAAUAGUUUUUUAACCUCAAAAUACAAAGAUGAGCAGACCCAAGAGAAAUCCGGGACCCGUCCCGAAUCGCUGGUUGCAUUGCCCAAGAAAAUCGGAAAUUCCGAUUAUUGGCAAGUUUGUGGCACUUAAAACUCCACUAAGCAGUAAUUUUGAUGAACAAGUACCAAUUGAAUGCAGGUUCCCUCCUAAAAUGUUGUUUGAUUCAUGCAAAUCAAAAAAGAUAAAAUUAGGACUUUGGGUAGACCUUACGAACACAAGUAGAUUCUAUGAUAAGGAAGAAGUAGAAAAUUUCGGCUGCAAAUACGUUAAAUUACAGUGUAGAGGGCAUGGUGAAACACCAUCGGUGGAACAAACAAACACUUUUAUACAAAUAGUUCAUAAUUUUAUAUCGAAAUUUCCACUGGAAUGUAUUGCUGUUCACUGUACUCAUGGGUUUAAUAGAACAGGCUUUUUAGUUGUUUCAUAUUUAGUGGAAAAAAUGGACUGCAGCUUGGAAAUUGCUUUGGAGAUGUUUGCCAAAGCUAGGCCGACGGGUAUUUAUAAGGCAGACUAUAUUGAAGAAUUGUACAGACGGUAUGAUGACGUUGAUGAAAUGCCUCCACCACCAAUCAUGCCUAAUUGGUGCACAGAAAGUGAUGAUGGGGUUGAUAACCCAGACCCAAGACACACACCCUCAACAUCAUCAAACCAAAAUAACAGAAGGGGCAGAGGCAAUGCGCAAUUUAUGGAGGGGAUUUUGGGUGUAUCUCAUUUUGUGGAGCAACCGAAAGCGUUUCAGCUGCAGAAAAAGGUGCAUGUCAUGUGCGAAUGGCGUUCCAAAGGCUUCCCUGGUAGUCAGCCAGUUUCUAUGGACUUGAAUAAUAUUGUGUUGCUUCAUCAGAAACCCUACCGAGUUUCGUGGAAAGCUGACGGUAUGCGAUACAUGAUGCUGAUUGACGGGGAAGACGAAGUUUAUUUCUUCGAUCGGGAUCAUAAUAUUUUCAAGGUUGAUGGUCUCAGAUUUGUGCAUAGGAAGGAUCUGCAAAGGCAUUUGAAAAAUACUUUGUUGGAUGGUGAAAUGGUGAUUGACAAAGUGGACGGGCAGGACAUCCCGCGCUACUUGGCAUACGACAUCGUGAAGUUCGAGGGACAAGAGGUGGGCAAGAUGCCGUUCCACCCGAUCCGGCAGCAUUGCUUGGAGAACGAAAUAAUAAAGCCGCGAUACAGCGCGAUGGAGAAGGGGCUGCUGAACAAGGCGCUGGAGCCGUUCAGCGUGCGAAAGAAGGAGUUUUGGCCCAUCACUCAAGCGUACAGCUUGCUGGGCGAAAAGUUCGCAAAGACGCUGUCGCACGAGCCCGACGGCCUGAUAUUUCAGCCGUCGAAGGAGCCCUACGUGGCGGGGCGAUGCGACGACGUUCUGAAGUGGAAGCCCCUCGACAUGAACUCGGUGGACUUCCGGCUGAAAAUCGUCAAGGAAGAGGGCGAGGGCAUCGUUUCGAGGAAAGUCGGUCAUUUGUACGUGGGGCAGAUGGACAGACCGUACGCCUGCAUGAAGUACACUAAAGCAAUAAAAGACUUGGAUAGUAAAAUUAUAGAAUGUAAAUUUGAGGAUAAUCAGUGGAAGUUUAUGAGAGAAAGAACUGACAAAUCUUUUCCAAACAGUUAUAACACUGCUAAAGCUGUUUGCGGGAGUAUACGUUUUCCAAUAACAAAAGAAAGGUUGUUAGAAUAUAUAGAAACGCACAAGUUCGAAGACGACAGUGAAAUGAUGCCACCCCCUAAAAGAAUAAAAAGAUGAUUUUAACAUUUUUAAUAACUAAAUGUAAAAUCCUUAAGAUGAUACAACUAAUUUAUUUAUAAAAUUAAUUAUUACAAUGUAACAUUAUUUUUAUAAUGCAUGAUGAAAAUAAAAGAUUUUCAAACGUU